CCCGUGUCCCCUUCAUCGGCAGGCAGACUCUCAACCACUGCGCCACCAGGGAAGCCCUCUAGCUUUCUUUUGAUUUCCAUUUGCAUGGAAUAUCUUUUUCCAUCCCCUCAUUUUCAGUCUGUAUGUGUCCCUAGGUCUGAAGUGGGUCUCUUGUAGACAGCAUAUAUAUGGGUCUUGUUUUUGUAUCCAUUCAGCCAGUCUAUGUCUUUUGGUUGGAGCAUUUAAUCCAUUCACGUUUAAGGUAGUUAUCGAUAUAUAUGUUCCUAUUACCAUUUUCUUAGUUGUUAUGGGUUUGUUUUUGUAGGUCCUUUUCUUCUCUUGUGUUUCCUAAUUAGAGAAGUUCCUUUAGCAUUUGUUGUAGAGCUGGUUUGGUGGUGCUGAAUUCUCUUAGCUUUUGCUUGUCUGUAAAGCUUUUGAUUUCUUCAUCAAAUCUGAAUGAGAUCCUUGCCGGGUAGAGUAAUCUUGGUUGUGGUUUAUUCCCUUUCAUCACUUUAAAUAUGUCCUGCCACUCCCUUCUGGUUUGUAGAGUUUCUGCUGAGAAAUCAGCUGUUAACCUUAUGGGAGUUCCCUUGUAUGUUGUCAUUUUUCCCUUGCUGCUUUCAGUAAUUUUUCUUUGUCUUUAAUUUUUGCCAAUUUGAUUUUUAUGUGUCUCGGCAUGUUUCUCCUUGGGUUUAUCCUGUAUGGGACUCUCUGCGCUUCUUGGACUUUGGUGGCUAUUUCCUUUCCCACGUUAGGGAAGUUUUUGACUGUAAUCUCUCAAAUAUUUUCUGGGGUCCUUUCUCUCUUGUCUCCUUCUGGGGCCGCUAUAAUGCGAAUGUUGUUGUGUUUAAUGUUGUCUCAGAGGUCUCUUAGGCUGUCUUCAUUUCUUUUCAUUCUUUUCUCUCUAUUCUGUUCCGUGGCAGUGAAUUCCACCAGUCUGUCUUCCAGGUCACUUAUUCGUUCUUCUGCCUCAGUUAUUCUGCUAUUGAUUCCUUCUAGUGUAGUUUUCAUUUCAGUUAUUGUAUUGUUAUCUCUGUUUGUUCUUUAAUUCUUCUAGAUCUUUGUUAAACAUUUCUUGCAUUUUCUCGAUCUUUGCCUCCAUUCCUUUUCCGAGGUCCUGGAUCAUCUUCCCUAUCAUUUUUCUGAAUUCUUUUUCUGGAAGGUUGCCUAUCUCCACUUCAUUUAGUUGUUUUUCUGGGGUUUUAUCUUGUCCCUUCAUCUGGUACAUAGCCCUCUGCCUUUUCAUCUCCUUUAUCUUUCUGUGAAUGUGGUUUUUGUUCCAUAGCCUGCAGGAUUUUAGUUUUUUUGCUUCUGCUGUCUGCCCUCUGAUGGAUGAGCCUAUCUAAGAGGCUUGUACAAGUUUCCUGAUGGGAGGGACUGGUGGUGGGUAGAGCUGGGUGUUGCUCUGGUGGGCAGAGCUGAGUAAAACUUUAAUCCUCUUGUCUGCUGAUGGGUGGGGCUGGGUUCCCUCUUUGUUAGUUGUUUGGCCUGGGGUGACCCAACAUUGGAGCUUAUCCGUGCUCUUUGGUGGUGCUAAUGUCGGACUCUGGGAAGGCUCUCGCCCAGGAGUACUUCCCAGAAAUUCUGCUGCCUGUGUCCUUGUCCUCACAGUGAGCCACAGCCACCCCCCACCUCUGCAGAAGACCCUCCAACACUAGCAGAUUAUCUGCAAUGGUGAAAUGAAGUAAUUCAAGAUGAGCAAGUUAAAAGUGAUACCAGAGAAAAGCCUUACCAAUAACUCUCGGAUUGUGGGACUCCUGGCUCAGCUGGAGAAGAUCAAUACUGAAUCUACAGAAUCAGAUACUGCCAGAUAUGUUACAUCAAAAAUUCUUCAUCUGGCUCAGAGUCAAGAAGAAAACUUUUUUUCCUACUUUUCAGAAAAAACAAGGAGAGAAAUGACAGCCAAAGGUUCUACAGGAAUGGAAGUUCUGCUGUCAACAUUAGAGAAAACGAAAGAUCUUCAAACUACACUUAAUAUCUUAAGCAUUCUUGUUGAGCUGGUGUCAGCUGGUGGAGGUCGAAGAGCGAGUUUCUUAGUCUCCAAAGGUGGUUCACAAAUAUUAUUACAGAUACUUAUGAACGCCAACAAAGAAUCUCCUCUGAAUGAGGAGUUAAUGGUGCAGAUUCAUUCCAUUCUUGCAAAAAUUGGACCGAAAGACAAAAAAUUUGGAGCGAAAGCUAGAAUUAAUGGAGCUCUAAAUAUAACCCUGAAUUUGGUCAAACAGAAUUUGCAGAAUCAUCGCUUGGUUUUGCCUUGUCUUCAGCUUUUACGAGUAUAUUCUGCCAACUCUGUGAAUUCUGUAUCCUUAGGGAAAAAUGGAGUUGUGGAACUGAUGUUUAAAAUCAUCGGACCAUUUAGUAAGAAGAAUUCCAGUCUUAUGAAGGUUGCUUUAGACACCCUUGCUGCAUUGCUAAAAUCAAAAACAAAUGCCAGGAGAGCUGUAGACAGAGGAUAUGUCCAAGUCCUUUUAACAAUUUAUGUAGAUUGGCACCGCCAUGAUAAUCGGCAUAGAAACAUGCUCAUUCGAAAAGGAAUUUUACAGAGUUUAAAAAGUGUUACAAGCAUCAAGUUGGGAAGAAAAGCAUUUAUUGAUGCCAAUGGGAUGAAAAUUCUUUAUAACACUUCACAAGAAUGUUUGGCAGUCAGGACCCUUGAUCCUCUUGUCAACACCUCCAGUCUGAUAAUGAGGAAGUGUUUCCCUAAAAAUCGCCUGCCACUCCCAACGAUUAAAAGUUCUUUCCAUUUCCAGUUACCAGUUAUUCCUGUGACUGGACCUGUGGCCCAGCUCUACAGUUUACCCCCUGAAGUGGAUGACGUAGUAGAUGAAAGUGAUGACAACGAUGAUAUUGAUUUAGAAGCUGAAAAUGAAACCGAAAAUGAAGAUGACCUAGAUAAAAAUUUUAAGAAUGACGAUAUUGAAACGGAUAUUAACAAACUAAAACCCCAGCAAGAACCAGGACGAACAAUAGAAGAACUUAAAAUGUAUGAACACCUUUUCCCUGAGCUUGUUGAUGAUUUUCAGGACUAUGAUUUAAUCUCCAGAGAACCAAAAGCUUUUGUAUUUGAGGGAAAAGUACGUGGCCCUAUUGUUGUUCCCACGGCAGGAGAGGAAGCGUCUGGGAAUUCCAGCAAUUUAAGAAAAGGAGUUGUAAUGAAGGCGACUGUGUCUCCUAAAGGAGAUGAAGAUAAUAAGAAACCAGCCUGUGCGGAUCUGGCAGAAGAAGACAUUAAAGAUAAUGACAGAACAUUACAACAGCAGCUAGGUGAUCAAAAUAGAACUAUUUCAUCGGGCCAUGGCUUAAACAAUGAUAUUGUGAAGGCCUUGGACCGAAUUACAUUGCAGAAUAUUCCUUCUCGAACAGCCCCGGGUUUUACUGCAGGAAUGAAGAAGGACUACAGUCUCCCUGUCACUGCCCUUACAUGCGCUAAUGCAUGUUCACACGUGGCUACUUGUGGGAAUGUUCUGUUUGAGGGAAGAACUGUUCAGCUAGGCAAGCUUUGCUGUACUGGAGUCGAAACUGAGGAUGAUGAAGACGCUGAGUCUACUGCAUCAGUGGAACAAGCAUUAGUUGAAGUUCCUGAUGGACCAACACUCCACGACUCAGAUCUUUAUAUUGAGAUUGUGAAAAGUACAAAGUCUGUCCCAGAUUAUUCGGAGGUGGCUUAUCCUGAUUAUUUUGGUCACGUUCCUCCUCCAUUCAAAGAGCCUAUUUUGGAAAGGCCUUAUGGUGUACAAAGGACAAAAAUUGCCCAAGAUAUUGAGAGGCUAAUACAUCAGAGUGAUAUAAUAGAUCGAGCGGUGUAUGACUUAGAUAACCCAAAUUAUACCACUCCAGAAGAAGGAGAUAUUUUGAAGUUUAACUCCAAAUUUGAAUCUGGGAAUCUGCGCAAAGUAAUUCAAAUUAGAAAAAAUGAAUAUGACCUUAUUCUGAACUCAGAUAUAAAUAGUAAUCAUUAUCAUCAGUGGUUUUACUUUGAAGUCAGUGGAAUGCGACCAAGCAUUGCUUAUAGGUUCAACAUCAUUAACUGUGAAAAGUCCAACAGUCAAUUUAAUUAUGGUAUGCAACCACUCAUGUAUUCGGUUCAGGAAGCGUUAAAUUCUAGACCAUGGUGGAUUCGUGUGGGGACUGACAUUUGUUACUAUAAAAAUCACUUCUCAAGAAGUUCAAUUGCUGCAGGUGGGCAAAAGGGAAAAUCCUACUAUACAAUUACAUUCACUGUCAUUUUUCCACAUAAAGAUGAUGUGUGCUAUUUUGCUUAUCACUAUCCGUAUACGUAUUCAACUUUACAGAUGCAUCUUCAAAAAUUGGAAUCAGCACACAAUCCUCAGCAAAUCUAUUUUCGAAAAGAUGUGUUAUGUGAAACCCUGUCUGGAAACAGCUGUCCCUUGGUGACUAUAACAGCAAUGCCAGAGUCUAAUUAUUAUGAACAUAUCUGUCAAUUCAGAAAUCGCCCUUACGUUUUCUUAUCUGCUCGGGUGCAUCCUGGAGAGACUAAUGCAAGUUGGGUAAUGAAAGGAACAUUGGAGUAUCUCAUGAGUAAUAACCCUACUGCUCAGAGCUUACGGGAAUCCUAUAUUUUUAAAAUUGUCCCUAUGCUAAAUCCAGAUGGUGUCAUCAAUGGAAAUCACCGCUGUUCUUUAAGUGGAGAGGAUUUGAAUAGACAGUGGCAAAGUCCAAAUCCAGAUUUACAUCCUACAAUUUAUCAUGCCAAGGGUCUGCUGCAAUAUCUGGCUGCAGUGAAGCAUUUACCACUGGUUUAUUGUGAUUAUCAUGGCCACUCCCGAAAGAAGAAUGUAUUUAUGUAUGGCUGCAGCAUCAAAGAAACAGUGUGGCACACGAAUGACAAUGCAGCUUCAUGUGAUGUUGUGGAAGAUGUGGGAUACAGGACUUUGCCUAAGAUUCUGAGCCAUAUCGCCCCAGCAUUUUGCAUGAGCAGCUGUAGCUUCGUAGUAGAAAAAUCUAAAGAAUCUACAGCACGUGUUGUAGUUUGGAGAGAGAUAGGAGUACAAAGAAGCUAUACCAUGGAGAGUACUUUGUGUGGCUGUGAUCAGGGAAAAUAUAAGGGUUUACAGAUUGGUACUCGAGAAUUGGAAGAGAUGGGAGCAAAAUUUUGUGUUGGUCUAUUGCGUUUGAAAAGACUGACAUCCCCACUGGAAUAUAAUCUGCCUUCUAGCCUGCUUGACUUUGAAAAUGACUUGAUUGAAUCGAGCUGCAAAGUAACUAGCCCCACCACUUAUGUUUUGGAUGAAGAUGAACCUCGAUUCCUUGAAGAAGUUGAUUACAGUGCAGAAAGUAAUGAUGAGUUAGAUAUUGAAUUGGCUGAAAAUGCAGGAGACUAUGAACCUUCUGCACAAGAAGACGUACUUUCUGACUCUGAAUUUUCAAGAACAUACCUACCUUGAGCCCUUUGCCAUCUCUUGUGAACUGCAUAGAAGAAAUGAAAUAUCUUGGUUUUCAUUACAUAGGAAGUUUGAGAGCAGUGAGUGUAUAGAGAGGUGACUCAGAAAGUCAGAAAGCAGCUUGGGCCUGUUUGGUUUCAACACAAUAAAUAUGUUAUUAUUAAUUAAUGAUGAAAUUGGCACUUGUUUUAUUUUAGAUAUUCAAUGCACUUUACAUAGCAUUGAAGUAUCAAACAUUGGGUUUACUUUUUCAAAACCUGAGUAUCAUUGCAUGAAUUUUUAUCUCCUUAUGGUUAUAUCCUGCAUCAAAUGGAUAAUUUUGAAGUGUGUGAGAAAAUAAAAUCUAAAUUCUAGAGUUGUUGAGAAUCCUGGGUUGUUGAAAACUAAUAUGUAUGUACAUGGAUUCCUGUAGAUGUGUCUGUGUAAGGGUGGGUAGAUAUUGAAGAUAAGACUGUUCUUCAGAAUCAUGUUAACUGUUGAGUUGUGACUGAAAUACUCCAGAGUUUUCCUUGAAACCAUUACAUUCUACAUUUACCAAGUUAAACAAAUAAAAGCUCUAUUAAAUGUUGCAUUCAUUUUUU